UGUCCCGGUACCUGCCGCGGGGCCGCGGGGCGGCAUGAGGCGCUGCCGGCCCCGGGCGCUGCUGUGCGGGCUGCUGCUGGCGGCCGCGGUGGCGUCUGGCGGCCGCGCUCUCCCGCAGCUCAGCGACGACGUCCCGUUCCGGGUGAAUUGGCCCGGCACCGAGCUGAGCCUGCCCACGACGGGCGUCCUGUACAGGGAGGACAACUACAUCCUGAUGACCACGGCGGACAAGGAGCGCUACAAGUGCGUGCUGCCGCUGACGGCGGGCGGCGCCGAGGAAGAAGAGAAGGACUACCGGGGCCCGGCGCCGGGAGAGCUGCUGGAGCCGCUGUUUAAGCAGAGCAGCUGUUCGUACAGGAUUGAAUCUUACUGGACUUAUGAGGUCUGCCAUGGAAAACACAUCCGCCAGUAUCACGAGGAAAAAGAAACGGGGCAGAAAAUAAACAUCCAAGAAUACUAUCUCGGGAGUAUGAUGAUGAAGACCCCAUUAUCUGAACCAGAUCAAGAAGAGAAGGAAAAGCCAAAAGAAAGCACAAAAGAGAUACCCACAAAAAACAUAGAAGGGCAGAUGACUCCGUACUAUCCUGUAGAAAUGGGAAAUGGCACACCCUGCAGCUUGAGGCAGAACCUCCCCAGAUCGAGUACAGUCAUGUACAUCUGUCAUCCAGAAGCUAAACAUGAGAUUCUUUCAGUAGCAGAAGUUACAACUUGUGAAUAUGAGGUGGUUAUAUUGACACCUCUGUUAUGCAACCAUCCUAAAUAUAGGUUUAGGGCUUCCCCUGUGAAUGACAUCUUUUGCCAAUCUCUGCCUGGAUCCCCACUUAAACCCCAUACUCUGGAACAACUGGAGAAACAGCAAGAAAUGAUGAAGAUGCCUUUUAGAAGAGCUAAAGAGGAAGAGACACCUUCAACAAAGGAAGAGAAGUUUUCUUCCAUUCAUAAGCCUGUUGCUAUUGGUAGCCAUCAACUAUUAACUGUAGGAACAACCCUCAUCUCCAAACUGACUGACGACCAACUUAUAAAGGAAUUUCUCAGUGGCUCCUACUGCUUCCAUGGGGGAGUUGGCUGGUGGAAGUAUGAAUUCUGCUACGGCAAGUACGUUCAUCAGUAUCAUGAGGACAAGGAAAGUGGCAAGACUUCUGUGGUCGUGGGCACCUGGAACAAGGAGGAACACAUUGAAUGGUCCAGAAAGAAUGCUGCUAGAACGUACUAUCUUAAAGAAGAUGGCACACAGACAGUUAGGAUGGUGUCUCAUUUCUAUGGAAAUGGAGAUGUUUGUGACUUAACUGACAAGCCAAGGCAGGUGACAGUGAAGUUGAAAUGCAAAGAGUCUGAUUCACCUCAUGCUGUAACCAUAUAUAUGCUAGAGCCUCAUUCUUGCCAGUACAUCCUUGGGGUGGAAUCUCCUGUCAUCUGUAAAAUUUUGGAUACAGCAGAUGAAUACGGGCUCCUUUCAGUACCCAGCUAAAGAGCAGCACGGUCCAUGAAGAAAGCCAUACCCAUCAGCAUCCCAGCUGGCCUUUUCCACAUUCACACCGUACCUGUGAGAUGAGCGGCCAGUACAGAAGUGUUCAGCCAACCAGCCUCACCAGCAGAUUUGCCCGAGAUGAGGGACUCGUGAACCACUUUGUGUAUAAUUAUGUGUAUAUAAGAGGUUAUCGAUAAACUUUUAACAAUUAAAAUCUUGUCUUGCA